AUGGUUCUUGAAGCUACUAUGAUAGUAAUUGAUAACUCAGAACACAUGAGAAAUGGUGAUUACUUUCCAACAAGAUUCGAAGCUCAGCUUGAAACUGUAGAUUUUAUUUUCCACGCAAAGACUGACUCAAACCCAGAAAGCACUGUUGGUUUAUUAGCAAUGGCCGGCCAAGGUCCUCAAGUUUUAAGCACUUUAACAAAUGAUCUCGGUAAAAUACGUGCAGGAAUUCAUGAAACCAAAAUUCAUGGAACUUCUCAAUUGACGACAGGUAUUCAAGUUGCUGCUUUAGUUUUAAAACAUCGUGAAAAUAAAUCUCAACAACAAAGAAUAAUAGUCUUUAUUGGUAGUCCCGUUAAUAACACCCAAAGAGAAUUGGAAAAAUUGGCUAAAAGAAUGAAAAAAAACAACAUAGCUGUUGACUUUAUAUGUUUCGGCGAAGAAUCCCUAGAUGAUCCUAAACUAGCAAAAUUCAUUUCUACAGUUAACAACCAUGACAAUAGCCAUAUUGUUUCUGUUCCAGUUGGUCCAACUUUACUAUAUGAUGCUGUUAAAACUUCUCCAAUUAUCUCCGACAACGCAAACAAUUACACAAUGGAUGGCGACGAUUUCCUCAAUUUUGGUGAUGGUGCUGAUCCUGAAUUAGAAUUGGCCUUGCGUCUUUCUUUAGAAGAUGAAAGAGCAAGACAAGAAAGAGCUGCUGCAUUAGCUGCUGCCAAAAAUUCAACUCCUUUAGAAAAAGUUGAUGAAGAAAGCAGUACAAAGGAUAAAAAAUGA